AUGGCACAAACUGAAGCGAAUCCUCAGUCGGGCACUACUGUGAUGGCCAUAGAGACGAGUCCGUAUCCCAUGAAUAUGAUGUGCACACACUGUGGGACACAAGUGGUCACUCAUACUGUGCCGACACCGGGAGUACUUGUGUGGUCUCUGUCUGUGCCUCUUUGUUAUUUCUGGUUCUGUUGCUGUUGUCUCAUCCCGUGGUUUGUCUACGAGUGUCACGACAUUGAACACCGCUGUCCGCAGUGUCGCACACAUUUGGCCACUUAUCGUCGGUGCUGUCGCUAA